AUGUCGCCCGUCGCAUCAGCCAUGUUUCCAAAGCCUUGGGCAGUGGGACUUUCCGGCUUCGAUUAUAACGACCUUGAUAAGUUGGCAAUAUCUUCAACUCGCCCGUCAGGAAAACUGGUGGAUUGGUACAAUUGCCAAUUUUAUAACGGCUGGGGGAACGCAGGUGAUCUCAGGUACUACGAUGCUAUAGCAACGCUUGGGAAAUGGGACCCGUCUCGUAUCGUCCUAGGAAUUCUUGCAAACCCGGGAAACGGAGGGUCGGGGUUUGUACCCCACAAGCGGUUAACUGAAGUCAUUCGACAACUGCGUACCAAUUAUCCAAAUUUUGGGGGGGUUAUUGGCUGGGAAUACUUUAAUGCUGGUUGGACCGAUGGGUUCUCGGAACCAUGGCAAUGGGCAAAAGCGAUCAGUGAGGCCCUUUAUAAUCCGUACGAUAGACUCCGGGUUAGCAUUAGCACACCUGAACUGGGGGAACUGAGCAGUUCAUCUCCCUGGCCUGGUCCAUUGAACCAGCUACUAGAGGAAGGGGCAAGGUAUUUUAAGGCAGUAGCCGCUCUAAAUAUGACAAGUGGGGACUUUGAAAAAGCGGAGGGAUUGCUCUUUCCCUAA